AUGUAUCUCAAGGUCCUGGUACCGCUCUUCGUGGCAUUAACAAACUCUCACCCAUUCCUAGGGUUUGGGAGCAACAAUGACUGGGUUCUCGUUGAACCAAAACCAGGACCGAACCCUCCUGGCGAAUGGAAGUCAUUUCAGACUGUUCCACCAGGGAAACAAGCAGAUUUUACUCUGCAAAACGAUCAGGCCACCUACGUCUGGACAGACUCUGGAGUGAACUACAAAAUCACUGCCGAUACUAAGCCUGGUCCCACUGGCAUCAAUGGCAACUCGAUCAUUGGCCCCUAUACAUUUACCAAUGGGACCCAAACCGAAGUCGCUACCUUUCUAGAAAUGACGAACGAUGUCGAGCUUUUUUUUGGGGAUCCGAACGCGGAUGCAAAACGAAAAGCCCAUAUGCUCAGCAACAUCGACAACUUGUUAAAGACCUGCGAAGACGUCACCAACAAACUCGUCUGCCCUCAAAAUCGUGACGAUCUUGUCCCAGUGCACGAUGAGCUGCGCCGUCUCCUCAACAUCGGCGAGAUCUCAUUCAUCAUCAUCGACUCGUUCCUCGGGGCAGCUGUCGGAGCGGCUGGUACUGCUGCCGUCCAAGCGUGGAACCAUCAGAACAUCACUGACCAGGCAGUACUGAUCAGCAUUGAAAACGCUGCCGUAGUCACCGGAUUCGUGACCUUCGGCCAGAACAUGCGAGCGUACCUGACCAGUCAAGCAGGCCAGGGCCCCGGCGGCUCAAUCGUUGGUCUCACGUGGAUCGGAAUGGCGCACAGGGUGGCCAUCAAUAUCCGGGCCAUGACACGAGGUCAACGGCCACCUCUCCCCAUCCUUCCCAUCACGUCGCAGCAACAAGCGACAGUGAGUCAGACUGCUGAUAUCUUGAGCGAUCCGUCCAAUCCGUGUACCUCGGUGGAAGCCGCGCAAGAGGCAGCCAGGGCUGUUGCCACGGCUUCGGAAACUGCACCUGCGAUAGAAGCUAUCGGUAUGACAAACUUGGAUAAUGCUCAAGCGCAACUAUCGACCGGAACUCGAGCAACCCUUUACUAG